UGCCUCGUCCGCUUCUCUCUUACCCUUCCUCCCCCUCCUCUCCUGUGGGUGCUCCCUCCCUCUCCGGCUCUCCCCCCGUCCCCCAAGCCCAAAUCACCGCGCCUCGCCCCACAGCACCGGUUGCGUGGGAGGAAGGAGAAAGGAAGGAAGGAGGGGAGGCGGCUGUCGGGCGAGAUGAGCGACUCCUACUGCCCCGACUGCAAGAAGCAGACGGAGGUGGCGUUCGACCACUCGGCGGGGGACACGGUGUGCACCGAGUGCGGCCUCGUCCUCGAGGCGCACUCCGUCGACGAGACCUCCGAGUGGCGUACCUUCACCAACGAGUCCAACGACAACGACCCCGUCCGCGUUGGUGGCCCCUCCAACCCGCUCCUCACCGACGGCGGCCUCUCCACCGUCAUCGCCAAGCCCAACGGCGCCCAGGGCGACUUCCUCUCCUCCUCCCUCGGCAGGUGGCAGAACCGCGGCUCCAACCCCGACCGAUCCCUCAUCCUCGCCUUCCGCACCAUCGCCAACAUGGCUGACAGGUACGCCUCUCCGGAACUCCCUUUCUUACGCUACAGCUUCGAUCUGGUUCUAUCCAAGUAUGUAGUAGUU